GCUGCGUUAUCGGAUGCGGAGUGAAGAGGUCGGAAUGAGAUCCCGAUCGUCGAAGCUUAUCAUGUGGAUUGUUAGAGUCCUAUAUCGGUAUAACAAUCCCGACAUUUCCACUUGAGAUUUACUUUGGCGUAGGUCGACUGCCGCUCUCAGUGCUUCUAGAAUAGAUCCCGGUUUCUAAAAUUGGUCAAAGCUUUGCUGUCUGAAUUGUUAUAAUGACCAGAGUUUUGAUGACGUUUCGCUCCGCAAUUGCAUCAAGACCAUCAACGUUGCAUGCACGCAAAUGCCUGAUAACAAACGCAUCACCCUCAACAAUGAGAUUGAACUCGUCAGCUACAGCUACAGCUGCAGCUAAACCUGCAUUCUCAGCAGUGCAACCAAUCACCAAUUUCGAGGAAACGAUAGCCAACAGACCAGACUUUGAUCACUCCGGCAAACCUAUCGAGAUAACAAAGUCCCCAGACCCAUCCUGGUCUUAUGGAGAUGGUGUCCGCACUGGUCAAUCCCCCACUACCAAUGUCCACCGAGAGAUCGACCCGUACUCGCCUGACAGAUCCGUCGGGCAGAACUACCGACUUUUAAUUUCUGGUAUUGCACCUCGACCUGUCGGCUUCAUCAGUACUAUUUCAGGUGACGGUAUAAUAAAGAAUCUUGCGCCUUUUAGUUAUUUCCAAGUCGUUGAUCAUGACCCGCCCAUGUUCAUCGUUAGCUUCUCAUCUCGGUUUGGGUCGGCUAAAGAUACGUAUCAGAAUCUAAAGGAUACUGGGGAAUGUGUUAUCAACACCGUUUCGGAGAACAUGAUAGAGGCAGUCAAUGCUUCUUCCAUUGAUGCUCCAUACGGAGUGUCGGAAUGGGAUAUCACAGGCUUGACUGAAGCUUCGACAACAACCGUCAAGCCAUCUCGCGUCAAAGAGUCAGUGCUCUCCAUUGAGGGCAAAGUCGUCGAUAUAAAAGAGUUCGAAAGCCAUAAACCCGGUAUGAGUAAUUAUGGAAUGGUUCUCAUCAAGGCAACGCGGUUUUGGGUUCAGGAAGAUGCUGCAAACAAGGAUUUUAGCCACAUUGAGCUUGACAAGCUACGACCGAUAGGUCAACUGGGUGGUAUGUCCUAUGGGCGGAUAUCCUCGACCUUUGAGCUCCCAAGGACAAGAUGGCCCGAUGAGAAGCCAAAGAGUGAGUUGUUGACCGAGUUGGAGAAUGGAAAGACGUUAUAGCGAGGAGCAUCUGUCUUGUCUACCUGUAGAACUUCGUCUGAUAUAGAUCAACAUUAUUCAGU